AUGGGUUCCAACAUAGUUCAGCAACAAAUCCCUAGAUUAUCAAAAGAUAACUAUGGGUCAUGGUCUAUCCAAAUGAGAGCCCUGUUUGCGUUUCAAGAUCUGUGGGAAGUCAUUACUGACGGAUUUACAGAACCAAGUGGGGAGGAGGAAGCUGAAUACACAGCAGAUGAGAAUAAGACUCUUAAGGAGCAAAGGAAGAAGGAUAAAAAGGCCUUGUUUCUACUCUAUCAAGCAUUGGACGAGUCUACCUUCGAGAAAGUUGCCGAAGCAAUGACAAGUAUGGGAGAUUUUAGCUUCCAUCUUCAAAUGAGACAAACGGGUGAAAUGGGUUCGUCUCCAACCAUUACGGGGCGAGUUCGAGGCUCUUCACAUGAAGGAUGGAGAAUCGUUCUAGCUAUUGAAGAGUCUAAGGACUUGGAGAAUCUUACAAUUGAGGAGUUGUUGGGUUCAUUACAAGUGCAUGAGCAAAGGAUGCGGAAGAAUGCUAAUUCUGGUGUAUUAGAACAAGCACUAGAAUCAAAACUAACUCUAAAUAAUCAAGGCAAAUUCAGUUGCUACUGUGGUCAUGGUAGAGGCUGGGAGCGUGGUAUUUUCCAACAACCAUGUCAAAGUCAGCAGGAGACUCAAAGCUUCAGAGUUCAGGGACAAGGAGGCAACCGAGGAAGAGGAAGAUCCACAUAUGGACCUGGAAACUCCAAGAAUAUCCAAUGCUACAAUUGCAAGAAGUUUGGACAUUAUGCCUCGGAUUGUUGGCACAAAGAUGAUGAACAAGCCAAUGUUGCAGAAGCAACAAAUGAAGUUCGUAAUGAUUCUAUUUUACUUCUCGCGUAUGAUGAUUUAGAUUCACAAUAUGAGAUUUGGUACCUAGAUUCUGGUGCAAGCAUUCACAUGUAUGGGAAGAAAGAUCUGUUCGUAGAACUCACAAAAGGAGUUCAUGGAAACGUGAACUUAGGGGACUCCUCCAAACUCUCUGUUGAAGGCAAUGUUCUUAGCAUUGGGCAGCUGCUCGAGAAGGGGUUCACCAUACAUAUGAAGAACUACUCUCUCAUUUUAAGAGAUACACUUGGAGGAAUUGUGGCUCGUGUUCCAAUGACCAAUAAUCACAUGUUCCCGUUACAUCUUAACAUAAAGUCUGAGAAAUGCUUCUAUGGACUCAAGGAAAGUGAGUCAUGGAAAUGGCAUCUUCUAUUUGGCCAUCUACAUUUCAGCGGCCUAAAACUAUUAUCUUCAUUUGGCAUGGUGCAUUGGUUACCAGUGCUCGAGCCACCGAGCAAUGUUUGUGAAGGUUGUAUACUUGGCAAGUAG